AAUACAAAAAUGGCGAAUUCUGGAAAUUGAAAAAAACAUUUGACCUUUCAAAACACAUUUAUUCAUUAUUGGGUGACUGAAUGGACGAACUAAGAAGGGGAGAUUAAAAAUUCGUAUGAGUAAUAACGAGAAAACCGAAGAUCAGAGCGGAACAAAAGCCGCAAGUAUUGUCCCAGCUUCUUUGUCAGAAUCAAGACCACAAACUGGGGACGGAAUGAAGCGAGCUGCUGCAAAGCAACAGAUUGAGAAGUUUUACUAUCAGUUGACAGAUGGGUGUGGCAGAGAAAAUUGUGAAAAUGCGCACUGUGCAUCAAGCCCAACAUUUAUCCUCAGAGAUCAAGAACGCAAUAUACUUGCAUUAAAAGCUGUAGAACUGUUUAGAAAUAAAGCACAAUUAUGUGAAGUGCAGCCAAGCAAGGUUGCACGAGCAGCCGAGCCAGCACAAGCUAGUUCGAGUUCACAGGGGGCCUCACCUUGUGAACCAUCAACAUCAGCAUGUACUACUCCUGUGAAGCCAGUUGUGUCAUUUAUGAAGCCAAGUUCAUCAAGUUCUUCCUUAUCAGAGAAAAGCGCAAGCAUGGCAAGUGUACAGUAUUUAACAGAGGAAAAAAUUAAAGAACUGGUUGAUGAAUGUGAAGGGAGUAAAUCAUGGUCAAAAUUCAUUCGUCUGAUUGGUUCCACAUUCAAUAAUCCUGAAUCAUUAUCAAUAAGUUUCUUAAUGCAACCAGAAGGUUCAGGGCAAACAAAACCUUCAAAAGACACUAAAAGUAAGAAAUUUGAUGAAGACAAAGAUGUUGAUGAAAAGGAAGAUUUUAUAGACAUUCAAUCCAAGCACAAAAAUAAUCAAACAGCGAUAGAACAAUUAAAUUUAUCGGAAGAUGAUGUGUCGGUAGAUAUCGCUUCAGUGAGGAGGGCUUUUGAUGCACUGAUGAAUAUUCCAGACUUGCCAUUUAUACCCGCUCUGACUAAUGCAUUGACUUAUUUAGCCAAAGGUGUACAUAUAGAUUUGAAAUUCAGCCCGCUGAUCUUGAAGCAGAAUCCGCAAUUAUUAAAUGUUUUUGUUAUAGUAAUGGAACUACCAUGUCUUUCAAGUCCAGAAUUUAUAGAAAGGGCUUUCCCAGACUUUUGUAAGGCACUAUGUAAACUACCGCUAAGUGGGCAAUGUAAGUUAGCAAAAGUUUGGGCCAAAUUUGGGGCGGAUUGGGUUCGAGAGAGAGUGCAAUCUCUUCAUCAGUUGAUUACUGUAAGAAUUGUCAACAACGAAGGGAGAUGGGGUAGAGGCUAUCACAUAAACGAUGAUGCGGACAUCGCUAGUGCUACUAAAGUGUUGAAAAUUCUUUACUAUGCUAGUAUUUAUGGUGGAGAAAGAGACUCAGAGAAAACGAUUGCUGAAGAAAAAGCAAUAAAUGAUGAUGACGAAAAUUUGCAAGACAUGCUGCAACUUCAAGGAGCAGUUGGUCAUUCAGAACCAAAGGAACUUCGUCAGCAGAAGGAAGACCCCUAUGCUCAGCAGCUGAAUGCUUAUUCCAUCGAUUGCCGUAAACCUCUUGUACCGUAUGAUGAAUUUAUCAAUGAACUUCUGAAUGAGUAUUUAGACGUAGAAACGGACUACAAAUACAAGGACGAUACCGAUGAUACCAAAAUAUCUUUUAUGAAUCAUAAUUAUAUUUUAACGACGGCAUCAAAAUUUACACUCAUGUAUUUUGACAAUAGAGUGCGGAUGUUUAAUGAGAGGAGGAGUUCAAUAUUACAAACAAUUGUACAUGGGUUACCUCCCAUUCCUUUCCUGCGUCUGCAGGUCAGAAGAGACCAUUUGAUAGAUGAUGCUUUAGUUGCUUUAGAAAUGACUGCAAUGGACAAUCCUCAGGAUCUUAAGAAACAGCUAUUUAUAGAAUUUGAUGGUGAGCAGGGGCUCGAUGAAGGUGGAGUGUCAAAAGAAUUCUUCCAGUUGGUGAUAGAAGAGAUUUUCAACAUUGAUUUUGGUAUGUUUGUAUACAAUGAAGAGCAGAAUGUGUUCUGGUUUAACCCCACCUCUUUUGAAAAUGACGGACAGUUCACAUUGAUUGGUAUCAUGUUAGGAUUAGCAAUAUACAACAGUACGAUUGUAGACGUACAUUUCCCUGCUGUUGUCUAUCGUAAAUUAAUGGGAAAGAAAGGAACCUUUGAAGAUUUAAAAGAAGUUGAUACUACCUUAGCGAAAAGUUUGCAGGAGUUAAUGGACUACACAGAAGAUGAUAUCGAUGAAGUCUUCAUGCAGACAUUCCAGAUAGGUUAUAAAGAUGUCUUUGGUAGUUCUCUGACUCACGACCUCAAGGAGAAUGGAAACCAAAUAAAUGUUACUCAAGAAAAUAAGAAGGAGUUUGUAAAUUUGUAUGCUGAUUUCAUUCUCAACAAAUCUAUACAGAAACAGUUUCGUGCAUUUAAAAGAGGCUUUCAGAUGGUAGUCAAUGAGAGCCCUCUGAAAACUUUGUUCAAACCAGAAGAGAUUGAGCUAUUAGUUUGUGGUAGUAAGGAAUUUGAUUUCAGUGCACUAGAACAGGCAACAGAAUAUGAUGCUGGCUUCACAGCUGAUCAUAGAACAAUAAAGCAUUUUUGGGAGGUUGUCCACGAGUUUUCAGAUGAUCAAAAACGUAAACUGUUACAGUUUACUACAGGAACAGAUAAGGUACCAGUUGGUGGAUUGUCAAAACUCAAACUUAUUAUAGCAAGGAAUGGACCUGAUUCUGAAAGGUUACCGACUGCACAUACUUGCUUCAAUGUACUGUUAUUACCUGACUAUACAACAAAAGAGAAAUUACAAGAACGUCUAAUCAAAGCUAUAAGUUACUCUAAAGGAUUCGGCAUGUUGUAAAAACUGUAUUGUGAUGCAAAAUUAAGGGGGUACAGAUCACGUAAGGGAGUUAACUCUUUAAAAAUCUGCUUGAAAGUUUUAAUCACAUACUAUUAGAAAAGAGAAAUCAAGCUUCUCAAAGAUCAAAACUAGUGUUUGUUAAACUGCUAUAGGUCAUAUGAAAUUUCUUCUUUAAAUUGUGUGGUUUAAAUCUCUUGAAAUUUUUAUAUUUUUGUCAACAGGUUAAAGUAAAUAUUUUGUCAAAAUUUUAUGAAAAUUAAACGAGCCAAAUCUAUUUAGUCAAAGUGUUUGGUACCCCCUUAAGAGAAUGAAAUUAUCUUCCAUGAAAGCCAUGAUUUUCAUUGAAAUUUGUAAAUGUGGAAAUUUGCAUGAAAUUAUUAUUAAUAGUUUGAAAAUUUCCACAUUUGCAGAUUUUACAUAUGAAUUGUUAUUUAUACAAAGUUAUGAAUUGGGAAAUUAAAAUUAUUGAAAAAAACUGUUGCAUA